AUGGCAGUUUGUGGAUCAAAAGGCUCUUUUAUCAAUAUUUCGCAAAUGAUUGCAUGUGUAGGACAACAAGCUAUCUCAGGGCAUCGACCUCCAGAUGGCUUCGAUAAACGUUCGCUACCGCAUUUUGAAAAGCUGCAGAAAACCCCUAAGGCUAAAGGCUUUGUAGAGAACAGUUUCUUUACUGGUAUGACCCCGACCGAGUUCUUUUUUCACUCGAUGGCUGGUCGCGAAGGUUUGGUUGAUACAGCGGUUAAGACAGCGGAGACUGGAUAUAUGCAGCGGCGUUUAGUAAAAUGUCUUGAGGAUUUAUGCGUAGCUUACGAUGAUACAGUUCGAACUUCUACCGGAGAUAUUAUUGAGUUCACUUUUGGAGAAGAUGGCUUAGGUACGAUUAUUGCAUAUGUUUUAAAAAAUAUAUAUGUGUCUAUAUAA